CGGAAGUUCUUCACAGGAAGUGAGGGGGCCGCUUCCGGUGUCGGCCGGGCUGGGGCGCGGAGGCGGUGCCGGUCGCACCGAGCGCUGAGGCCGGGGCUGCAUUCCGGUAUGCGAAGAGACUCCGAGGCUCGCAGCACAACACUAAAUUUGUAAUGAAAUGGAGUCUGGGUCAAGCUCUUUUCGAGUGGAAUUUCCAGAUUUUUCUAGCACUAUUUUGCAGAAGUUAAACCAGCAACGCCAGCAAGGACAAUUAUGUGAUGUGUCCAUUGUAGUUCAGGGCCAUCUCUUCAGAGCCCAUAAAGCUGUUCUUGCAGCUAGUUCACCUUACUUCUGUGAUCAGGUUCUCCUGAAAAACAGCAGGCGAAUAGUCCUGCCUGAUGUGAUGAAUCCCAGAGUAUUUGAAAACAUUCUUCUGUCUACCUACACAGGUCGGCUGGUAAUGCCUGCUCCAGAAAUUGUUAGUUAUUUGACAGCAGCAAGUUUCCUUCAGAUGUGGCAUGUAGUGGAUAAAUGCACUGAAGUGCUAGAGGGGAACCCAACAGUUCUGUGUCAGAAGAUGAACCAUGGCAGUGAUCAUCAGUCCCCGAGCAGUAGUAGUUACAAUGGCCUUGUUGAAACCUUUGAACUUGGGUCUGGAGGACAGACGGAAUUCCACAAAGUGCAGGAGCUAAGGGAUGGUGAAAAUGAAGAAGAGAGCUCUAAAGAUGAACUGUCAUGUCAACUGACAGAACACGAGUACCUUCCCAGUAAUUCUUCAACAGAACAUGACAGACUCAGCACUGGAAUGACAAGUCAGGAUGGUGAAGAAGGAACUAGUGAUAGUGCAGAGUAUCAGUAUACUAGACCUAUGUACAGCAAACCCAGCAUCAUGUCUCACAAGCGGUGGAUCCAUGUGAAACCAGAAAGAUUUGAACAAGACUGUGAAGGUGUUGAUAAUCCCUAUGAUGAACACCAAGUUUCUGAAUCCAUGAAUGCCAUUCAGGCAGAUCAUUCAAUCCAGUCUUCAGGUGUUGAAGACUUUCAUAUAGGUGACAAAAAGAUGGAAGCAGAAUUUGAUGAACAGGCAGAUGAAAGUAAUUAUGAUGAACAAGUUGACUUCUAUGGCUCGUCUAUGGAAGAAUUUUCUGGGGAAAGGGCAGAUGGAAAUUUAAGUGCCCACAGACAGGAUCUUAUGAUAGCAGCAGGCUAUGGUGAAGGCAUCGAAAUGGCUACGGGAAUUAAAGAAGAAACAUCCCUCACUGGAUUCUCGCAUGCUGAUAAGCUGUAUCCUUGUCAGUGUGGUAAAAGCUUUACACACAAAAGUCAGAGAGAUCGGCAUAUGAGUAUGCACCUUGGUCUUCGACCUUAUGGCUGUGGUGUCUGUGGUAAGAAAUUCAAAAUGAAACACCAUCUUGUAGGCCAUAUGAAAAUUCAUACAGGCAUAAAACCAUAUGAGUGUAACAUCUGUGGGAAAAGAUUUAUGUGGCGGGACAGUUUUCAUCGGCAUGUGACCUCUUGUACCAAGUCAUAUCAAGCUUCUAAAGCUGAGCAGAGUACUACUGAAAUGAACUAAGACAUUAGUGCUUACAUUUGUGUAGUAGAGUAAGCAAAAUAAACUAAUUAUGCAAAUAAUGUCUGGUACUUGCUAUUGUAAAUUCUCAAAAAAACAAGUUUUAAUGAUUAUGCUGGUAUGAGCAGACCAAACCUUUAUUUUAUUUUCCACAGUAUUACUCCAGGUGUUCAAUGUGUGAAGUGCAAAUGGUUAAUCUGAAAGGUGUUUGCAAAAUGAGGUCUGGAAGGUCUUUGUGACAUUGACUGUAAUCACAGCAGUAUUUAGAAGCCCUGUUGUUAUUUCUAAGUAUUCUAAAUUCACAGCAAAACCCAGCUCUAAAUUGACCCAAAUCCUGCAAAUACUUACAUGAAGCAGGAAUUCAAGUAGCCCUACUUAAUGAAAAAGAGAACCAGGAUGGUCAGUCCAGGUUAUAUGAUAGACAUUUUAAUGAAAAAGAAAAUAAAUUAAGAUUCCACCUCAAACUGGAGACUACCAACACACUUAACGUGUCAUUAGAUAGCCUACGUCAUUAAAUAGCCUUUGCUGUAUUGCUUAAUGAAAGGCUGCGUUAAAGAUGGUUUGGCUUUCCUUUAUCUGUCUUCCAUUUUUUUAUCCAUCUUCAGUAAAACAAAUGUUGUCUAAUUUUGUGCCAAUUUCUAUUUAGAGUCUGUAAAGCACUUAAAUAUAGUUGAGCAGUAUAUAAAUUUUAGUCUGUAUUAAGUAUAAUUUGUCUUUGCUCCUCUAGGGUCUAAUGCUCUAUGACUCUUGGCUUGAGUUGAUUUUGAUUGUUACAUCGUGAGAGCUUCUAGAAGUGUAUGCAAUAAGUAUGUCUUGCCAAAAAGAAAAAAAAAAAAGUAAGAUGUAACAUUUGGAACUUAUCCAAAAUAACCAAACAUGUAAACUGUAGUUUUCUGUUCAGAUUUUUGUGGCUUACUACAGUAGCAAGUACCAAACUCUGUGGUUUCACGAAUUUACUUUUUGUUGGUACAAAAACUUCUUUGAGAACUUCUAUCUAGUAUUAGAAACCUGCUCUAGGAAAAUAAUUUAGUCAUUGAUAGGUAUUUAUACUUUUAGUUCUUGACUCUUUGAAUAGUAAGAACUAUAAUACACAUUCUUGGUACUGAACUACUGUGACUGGUUACACGUGAUCACGAGCAGCCAGAGUUGAUUACCUCUUCAAAUCAAGUUGCUUGUGGAAAAAAGCAGAAAGUAUGGUAUUUGGAUCUAUUAAUGGUACUGCAGAACAUGGUACCAUGCUUAUGUCCGAAGUCUGGAUUUUUGCUGGGAAAAUGGCACUUCUGCCUUGUGAGGAUGAGGAUCUAUAUCCUGGGCUCUCAUCCUUGGAGACAGAUGGAGGAGCGUUUGUAAUUCUGAGAGAUGCUGCCAGCUCUGCAGGUAGAGUGAAUGCAUCAAUUGUAAAGGUGGCAACAGGAUUUUGGGGUUGAAAGCUUAAUGCAGUCCUAUGCAAAAGCAAUUAACCCUUCUUUUGUAGUUUACUGAAAUGUUUUAUGAAAAGGAAAGAGCCUUUAGAGCAUGCAUAGACUAUAAUAAUAGAAAGAGGUGGUGUCCAAGUACAGUGCUGGUAACGGGGGGGGAAAAGUUAACCAGCAUCAAAGGCAUAAGCCUCUCUGGCCCCAGUUUAUGUAUUAGAUACUGCAGUAUGCAGGAUAACGUACUUAAACAGAUGACCCUGUAUGGUGAAGUAAACACACACAAAGAUAAUUACUAUUUAGAAGCUUUUUUGAACUCCCAGUUACAAAUUGUCUUAAGAUACAACUGAACUGUAUCCUGAACAUGAAUGUCUGGUACAAGCUGGGGGUUUACUACUCAGUGGGCUGUAAUUACUGUAACUUCUUUUCUGGCAUUCUACUUAAAAACUUUGAUUUUUUUUUUUUUAAAGGCUCUUAAUUCUUAAUCUUCUAAUGCUUCAGAUAUUUUUUCAUACGGAAUUUUGUUAAAACAGAUAUUCCCAAAUAUGAUGAACCCAUUGCUGGCAAUGGGCACAAAUGGUCAGCACCACAGAGUUCCUAUUCUGAGCACUUAAUUGAACUCUACGAUAUACCAUGGUGGCCAUAUAUAACCCUUGUAAUCAAGGUAACUAAACAGGGAUUUGCUCACUAACACUGUAACCUGCUUAAUGUAUAGAAGCACUUUGUAUUUAAAAAAAAAAAAAAAAAAACAAAAACAAACCAUAAAACUUUAUAGGUAUGUUUUUUAAACUUAGAAAUUAUAUUCCCUAUAUGGUUUGUUUCCACACUGCUAACACUGUCUUUUUUAAUAUAAAAAAAAAAUAAUUAUAAUGCUUGCCUGUUUACAUGAGUGUAGAAGAAAGGGUUCUUGCACUCAGUGGCCCUAUUUUUCCAUUCUCCAAGGCCUUACUACAUACAGGGUGUCAUUUCUGCAAGUACCAUCAUCACAUUUGAGGGAAGGUAUUCUCAUACUCAUUUCAAGAAUUAUCUUGUAUAUUACAUUAGUUCUCAACCCCUUUCAAAUUGUCACUUCAGUGUUGCAUUAAAAGGUUAAGGGUACCUCUUCCCAUUUAACCAUAAAAAAAGGCUGGUCAGAAACACCAGGCUGAAAAAAGCAAAAAAAUUAUUUCUGUUAAACCCAGACCAUCCUACAGAGCUGCCAGCAAAACUGUUUCUUUUACCAGCUUGGAAUGACUUUUCUAUGGGACACUUCAAAGUUAAACAUUACUCCUAUUUACAGUUUGAGUACUUUGAAAUAAAGCUUUAAAAUAAAAUGUACUGCGAGAGACACUUUAAAGGUUUUAUAACAGGUCCAGUAGAUCAUAUUAUAGAACCAUGUCCUUUUUUAAUGACUUAGCAUGAAUAGUAACUUUUUAAUAUUUGCCUAUUACUGUUUUACCCCGUAUUGUGACAUUGUCUUGAAAGUCCAACAAAUGUUGCUCCGCUGAUUUUGUAGCACUAGGCAUUCUGAUGUUAAUUUACAUAAAACCAAUUGAUUGCAGGGAAAUACUGAUACGGUUGUUAGGAGAUCUAGUUGAGAGGAUUGAUGAUUUAAGGGAAGCUUGAGAUACGUGUCUAAAAUCCUUACUUUUCCUUAUUGAAGGCAAAACAGUUGUCCUGUGGUGUUUUUCCUGAAUUUCAUUUAUUGCCAUUUGACAAAAUUCUAAUCACUGAUUCAGGUAUUAGGGGAAAAAGAUAACAAAAAAUUAUUGAAACACCUUUUUUCCCCCUUCCUCAGGCUUAACUUAAGUCUAACACCCUCACACCAGGACAUCUCCUCCCUGCCUCCCCAGUCCGCCUCCCCUGUGUUCACGGAGCAUCGUGCUCAGUCUGUGCCCGUUCUUGUAGUGAGGUGAGGGAUCACACAGGAGGUUGGGCUCAUGCGUACUGGCUUGUCUGACACUCGUCACUUCUUAGUGGGUGUCCUCUGCUGCUCUGGUCGGUGUCAGUGCUCAUGGUGACACCGGGCCAUAGUCCCUUCAGUGCCUGUUCCAACUUGGGUCUCCUAGGGGCCUCAGUCUCAGUUCUUCAGAGGUGUACCUGCUUUGGCAUGGCUCACCUUCGGGCCAGGGCGCCCUCAGGAGUGAACCUCCUCAGGCAUGGAGCGCGUCCUUCUGUGAGUGUGUCUCUGUACAUGUCCUCAGUGUCUUCUCCAUGUAUUUUCCCAAGAGCAGCUCUUCAGUUUCUCCACAUGUGUUUCUUCCCCAGGAGUAUCUUCUUCUUAUGUGUCUCCCUGCACCUCUUGCCAGCAGCCGCCACUCUUUCUUAAAUAUGUUUAAGCAGAGGCACUGUGUGCACCUCUGGUUGAAGUUUUGGCAUGAAACGGAUCGUUUACAUCAGUUUCAGUGCAGGCUAGCACCUGUUUUGACUAGCACAGGGCAGUUGGCAACCUCCUGCCACAUGUUACCUUUGCAGCCCCCUGCUACCAAAACCCUGCAAUUACGGCCUUGGAGAGAGAGGUGGGGAGAGCAUCUGUCCUUGGUUUCAGUGGCCAGGCCGGCCGAGCCGUGACAAUAGUAAACCAAGAUCUGCAGAUGCAGCUUCUGUCAAGCUCUUAAUGAUCUUUGCUAAUGGAGUGGUCUUGUUCAAGAUACAGGAGAUUAUUUCUUGUUUGUGGGGAGAAGGGAAGGGAUACGUAUAUAAAUAUAUAUAUAUAUAUAAAAACUAUGAAUGCAUAUGUAUAUGAUAAAUUUCAUUAAUCUUCCCUUAAGCUUCAUCAUCUUUAAUGAUAUGGCUUAGAAACAUUUGUGAGUUUUUGUAUCGCUCACUGUUGGCUAUAGUACAGUGAAUGCCUUCUGAAAACCAGAAUCAUUGUACAGACAGGAGGCUUUCAGAAUUUCCUGCUACUGUGAAGCCAUUCAUUGUCCUGUCAGUGGUAAGAACGCUUCAUGAUACUACAGCUAAGUUCCUUUUCAUUCCAUUUUGUAACUAAGAUAUUAAUUAUUAUGGAAUCUGUGUAACUGCCAUUUUGAAAAAUUCAGCUAUUAGCAGGGUUAAGAUCUCUGUUUAGGUGUAUGUCUGACCCUUUUGAGGAAGGAGGUUCCUAUUUCACGCACCACUGUUGGGGUUUUGUUUUGGUUUUUUUAAACAUUACCUUGUUUGUUUUAUGGGUGAGCAGGUAGACUGCAGGUAGAAGGUCCUGUCAGUACAAUUCUUGGUCUUAGCUUUUUUUCAUCCGAGACGUUUCUGGGGUUGAGAAACUUUGUCCCAUACCAAAAGCAAGGCAGAUGAUCAAAGGCUGAUGUAGUGGGUUUCUCACUAUAAAACAAGUACUUGAUGUCCCCGUAGUAUUGAGCCUGAAAGAAUGGACGCACGUCAGAUCUUGUAAUCUCAAUUUUUGCGUUGCUGCCAGAUUGGUGACCUGUCUCUGAAUUAUGAGAGCCUACAGCAGUAUAUUGAGUAUUUUGCUUUAACAGAAUUGGAACCUUUCUCAAAACAACACAGGAAAGUUGGGGUUUUUUUGUCAUUUAAAUGCUUCAUUGUAUAGCUAGGCUUCUUUAGCUACAAGCUGUGAACUGUCAGUGCCCUAGGGGAAGAUGGUGGAGAACGAGAUGGUAUAUUUUUAAUGUGAUACAGUUGUAAGUUCUGAUUUUUGCUUGAAGCCGGUGUCUGUCGAUUGCUGCUCCUUUUUUUUAUUAAUCAUGGGAUUCCAUAUUUCUUCCAGAAAUGUAACUGUUUAUGCAAGUCAAGUGAAUCUUCCUUAAUGAGCUAUAAGUUUUUAUUCUAAACAAGUCAUUUAUAAUAGUAAAUUUGCAUAUCUUGAUAUUUUGUGAGAUGUUAUGCUUGUAUUGCAGAGGUUGGAUAGUUUUGUCUAUAAAUAUUGCUGUCCUAAUUGUACAGCAUGGUUUUAACUUAAUGUUACUGUUCAAUAUUUUCUUCUUAUAGAAGAGUCCCAUGCCCCUUUUUUGUAUAACAUGUUUUAAUAAAUGUUAUCUGUCAACUUUGUAAAUGUUUUCUUAAGCUUGAAUGAAAGGAAUGCAUGUCUAGUACUAGUAUUUAAUAUUUCACUUUUGCCAAAACGAUAAGUGCUCAAACAAAAGUACAAAUCCAAAAGUUGUUGAUAUAUAACUUUAUUAAAUAUAUAAAGAAAAAGCAUAUCUAGUAAUGUGUCUUCUUGAAAUACUGAAAACAUGCCAGCCUCGCCUAAGAAAACACUAAGCUGAUUUUUGUAACACAGUAAGUUGAUGAAUUUGUGGAAUUGAGCCCAUUUUUUUGGCGCUUAGGUAAUUAGUUCCCGUGUUAGUCCAAAUUUAUCAAACAGGUUUUAUUAUAACUGUUUUUUGCACAAUGGUGAUCUCUAAAAGUUACAAUACAGAAUGUACAGGCUGAUAGGAAAUA